CUUACGAUUUCUGUUUUGCCUCGGUGCUUGAAACUUUGGAUCCGGUGACCAAUAUAUUUAUCGUCGGACAUUGUUAUUAGAUCGAUAAAUUAAAAUAAUAAUAAAAAUCAAAAUAAUCUGCACAAAUCUUCACUUUGUAGCCAACGGCGAUAAUGGCCUCGAUUAAAUAAUCGAACUGGUUAUCUGGCGAUGGGCGGCGAACGGUAAGUGUUCGGUUCGUCCGGCAAAACGGUUAUGAUAUUUGUGUCUAAUAAUUUUUAUUUAUCGGUCCACUUCCAAUGUUGUGUCCGGUUAGACGAUACCGAACUGAGUGGCGAGGUGUACACACUACACAAUGACGAAGCAACGACGGAAACGUACGACGGGCGAGGUAUGAAAAAAAAAAAAAAAACACUUAUAUUGUUAUUGCGAAUAAAAUGAUGCUAAGCGAUCCGCAUGCUUCUCUCCUGUUUUGCAGGAUCGAAAGCGAUUGGAGGGAAAGAAAAAAUUAAACAAAUAUAUUAUAUACCCACCUAAUAGCUGAUAUAUAUUAUUAUAUAUAUAUAAAUAUACACAUAUAAAUAUAUAUAUACAUAUAUAUAUAUAAUAAUUAUUUAUAUAAUAGGUAUUUAUUAUUAUGUUUUGUCACCGAAACUACGAAAGGAAUGGUUUUCGUGUAAUCUGAAAGGGUAUAAGCAUAAAAAACGCGUGUCUUAUGGGUGCGUGCGUGUGCGUGUGAUACGAAUCGCUGUCGUCGCACGGAGGGCAACGAUUAUACCUGCUACCUGGUAAGCGGUCGCCGAAUCCCUCGCCGGCCACUCCCCGCCAACAAAAAUCCGCACGGUGUGGCGGCGGCGGUGGCGUCGGCAAAUGGCAUUCCGUUAAAAAACAUAUGACUAUUGCGAUACACGGAGGUAAUUUUUUUCUUUUUCUUUCAUCCUAUCUCACAAUGUUUUUGGCGGCAGAAUGCCACCGUCAGACACCUCCCUUCGAGAACUCUCCCUCGUCUCAUAAUUGCCGGCGACCGGUCGUUUUUUUCACUCUUUCGCCAGGGAACCAUGUUACACUUCCACGUUUCAGUUUUUCGGUCCAUUAGCGCGCAAAACGACUACUUUUUGAUGAGUUGUCCGGUCCGCCCUGCGUAAAAACAACACUGUUACCACCACCCGCCAUACAUUUCUAAUUUAAUUGUAACUACAUACUAAAUACUUAUACGGAAACAUUGGCGUUAAUUUCUAUAUUGUUUUCAAAUUUCAAUAUUUCCAUCCUUCAGCCAUGUUCCUUCAGGAUUUUGAAUCAGUACCUAAUACUUAUUUAUGAUUUCGUGAUUUGUGUAACACGAAAAUCUAAAAGAACUUCGUGACUAACUAUGGUUGUAAGUGAGUUUAAUUUUUGUCUAAUCUACUGGAAACCGUACAGUUAGGUUGGACUAGAUUUUUUUAUAAAGAAUAAAUCUAAAAAAUUAUAGUUUAAAAUAUUAAACUAUCUAUAUUAAAUAUUUCAAUACCUUAUAUUAAUUUAUUGAAAAUAAUAUGACUGCACUAAAUAUAUAAGUGAUAACAUUUGAAUAAAUCGGUACAAAAAUUAUUUACAAACGUUCACAUUUGUAUAUUUUAAUUAAUUUAAAUUUUGUUUAAUUUUUAUUGAAUAGUCAAACUUCUACAAUACCUCAACCAUUACUUUUAAAGAUUAGGAAAUUUAAUUAACUGUAAAUAUUUACCUACCAGCUACUGCUAUUGAUAACUAAAAUUGAUAUCACAAACAAUUUAAUUGUAAACAAAGUUAACACUAAAUUAAUUUAUCUUUUUUUUUGUUAUUAUACAUAAUACAAUCAAGUAGCAAACGUUCAUAUAAAAUAUUGAAAUUCAAUACAAAAUAUUCUAUCUCGUACCGUGAUGUUUUUCAAUUCGGAACCUCCCUAGGAAUGAUUAUUAAAUUUCAAUAAAUGUAUUUUGUUUAAUUUAAAAUAUUUUGAAUUUUAUAAUAUAGGACAAUUAUAGUACACCAGAAUAUUAAGUUAUUAUUUUAACUUAGAGAUAGAACUCACAUACAUAUUCAACUUUUGCAAUUGGAUACUGGUAAGAACUAAAUAUUUAAUUAUAUAUUUUAAUUAUUAACAUAUAAUCAUUAACUAAAUCAUAUUUUAAAUUGCAUACCACUGUUGAAGUUAGUAUUUUAUAAUUGUUUAUUUUUGAAACCUACAACAAAAUAUAACAGGUUUUUUCCUCAUUUAUUUUUCUGUGGGUAUCUAUUAUAUUAUUAUUUAUUUGUUGAGUUUAUUUAAAAUUGUGAUUUUAUAUAAAAAGAAAAAUAUAGGUUAGGUUGUAGUUUAAUCUAUAAUAGUUUAUUCAAAGUUUAUAAUUUAUUUAAAUUGAUUGUUAAUUUACAGGUGUAAGAUAAUAAAUUACUAUGGGUAGACAUUCGAGUGAUUCAAACUCACGGGACAAGAAUAGAAAUCGAAAUCGCUAUUAUAAUCAUAAAUAUAAGUGAGUACUAUGUAUUUUAUUUUAAUAUCCACUAGAUACAUUUUGUUUUUUAUUAUUGUCAUGUUAAUAAUUAAUGGUUUAAUACAAAAUAAUAUAUAAUUCUUCUUUCCUUUCGCCUUCAUCCAAGCUAAAAGGUAACAAAUGGGUUUAUGUUGAAUUGAUACCAGUGUGAAAUUCUAUCUAAUAGUACUAACAGUAUGAGGUGUUAUAAAGAAAUAUAACUGAGGUUUUUAUUGCUAUUUAUAGGUCACUUAAUAAUCUUAAAUAUUUAAUUUUUUUAAAAAUAGAUCUUCAAGUAAUUCAUCAUCAGAAAGUUCAAGACAUUCCAGAAGACAUCAGUCCAAAAUAUCUGAAUCGAGGUAUUUAUGAACUUUGGCAAAAAUUUGAAAAAAAAUAUAUUAUAUUUGCUAUUUUUUUAUUUUAUUAAUUUUUAAAAUGUUCAAGUAUGAGUUAAUUGUUUAUACUUUAAAAUUGUUAUAUAAUUAAUGAACUUAUUACUAUAUAUAAUAUAUUAAAAAAGUUAUUAUAAUAGUUUUUUAUCAUUUUAAAUAUACAGGUGUCAUAAAAAAUCAAAACACAGGCAUAGAUCUAGUAGUUCUUCGGAUUAUUCUUUAAAAUAUAAACAUUCAAGUCAUUCCUGUCGUCGUAAAGAAAGUGAUUCAAAAAAAAAAUAUCGCCGGAGUUCAUCUUCGUCUUCAAAUUCACAGUCAACUAUUUCCAAUAAAUCAAAUCAAAAUUCUAAAUCCCCACAUGAAAAUCAAACGAGUCCAUUACCUCAAUUACCAGUUAUCAAAGAUGACAGUGAUAUUUCUCUUCAAGAAAAUGUUUGUAAGUAUAUUUUUAUUAAUAAAAUAAUACAGUAAAACAAAAUUAUUGAAUGGUUAAUACUCGUAAAUAAAUAAAUAAAUUAAUUAAUGUGUUGCCUAAAGUAUUAUGAAAUCUGUAUUGUACAACUGGUUUCGAAUUAAAAAUUCAUCUUCAGAUAAAAUCACAAAGUCAAAAAAUAAAAUGCAAAUAUGGAAUAAUAAAUGAAAGAAUUUAUAGGAAACAAAUUAUACAAAUUGGUCAUUUUACAUAGAAAUAAUUUAUUUCAAUAAGAGAUUAUUUAAAAUUAGUUAUUAUUAGACAUAGAUAUGUUAAGAAAUAUAAAUUGUUUAGUUAUUAUUUAUUAUCUAAAAUGUAUUGAUUGCAGCUUCAGAAGUAUGUUUGAUAUGUGUAUUGGUGUAUAUUGAUGUAUUAGAGCCAGGAGAACAGAGACAAUAUGGUUGAACUCUGAAAUAAAAAUUGUAUUCAGCAAAAACACAUAAUAGUAGGAGAGAUUAAUAAUUUAAAAACAAUUUUAUCUCAAAAUUUAAACCAUUUACAAAUGUCACACUUUAAAAAUCAUACUCAACAAAAAUUACAACAUAAAACCCAGCAUUCUUUUCAACCACGAGUUACCAAUUUAACUUUUAUAACUCUCGACAAAGCUGAAAACAAUUUAUUAAAUAAAUGCAAUAAAUUCAAUACAUAUCAAACAUUAAACUUUCAAUCAAUUAGGAGACAAUUAGUACAAUGUGAUUCUUUUAUAAAUUAUAUACAAUUUCAAAAAUAAAAAAUUGUAUAAAAUCAAAAUCAAACAAGGUAUAACUUAAUAAACAGCACCAAUAAAAACUACGGAAAUAAAAAUCUAAUACAAUUUAAAAUCAAAAUAGUAUGGUUAAAUGACAAAAUAAAAUUAUCAACAAUAUAGUGAAUAAAUUAAAAACAAAUAAUUCCUAAAUAUUUCCAGUAGAUAAAUCUUAUGCUAAUAUUAUCAUUUACCGUAAUGAAAUUAGUAAAAAUAACUUAAGAUUUUAUAAAUAAUAAUAUUCAAAACUUAACAUAUGACCCAAUUAUAAUUUACACUAAACAAAUUAAUAAACUAAUAACAAAUUCAAAAAAAUCAUACCUUAUGUUGAAAAAAAAAAUAUUAUUAAAAUUAGAUUACAAAAUAGAGGCUCCACAAUUACAUCUAUUCAUAAAAUUACAUAAACAAGAUAAUCCAAUUUGUUCAUUAAUUAAAUUUAAAACUGUUCCAACUUAUAGCUUUGCUAAAUAUUUAGACCUUUUCAUAAUACCACAGGUUUCUAUUUACCCUUAUUCUCAAAAAUAUAAUUUUUUAAUUCAAUAUUUUAUAGGCUUGAACAUAUUCCAUUAAAUAAACAUAAUUAUCAAUAUUAUCUAUAAUAUAACCCAUACAAAUAAUUUCAAUUUAAAUACUAUUCAAAAUAUUGCAUAAAUGUAAUAAUAUUAAAUUCUAUGAAAUAUCAAAAUAAUAUGUCUAACAAAUUCGCUAAAAUUCUAAACAAUAAUACAAAUCAUGUAAAAAUCACUUUUAAGACUAAUGAUAAUUUAAUUAAACAUAUUAAACAAUAGAACUAAAAAAUGUACAAACAAUUUGAUAUUAAUACAGACUUAGAGAUAUUAAAUACCUAAAAUAACAUUUAUAUUAAUUUAGUUUUAGAAGAAUUACAUACAAUAAAAUAAAGAAAAAUAAUUUUAAUAUUAUUUUAAAUGUACAAAUAUUUAUUUAUUUUUUCAUGUCCAUGUUUUACUUUUUGACUUUGUGAUUUUACUUGCGGAUGAAUUUUUAAUUUGAAAUCAGUUAUAUAAUACACAUUUCUUAGUAUUCCAAGCAACACAUUUUAUUUAUUUAUUUUGAAAUUUUAACAGUAUAUUUAAAUAUUGUACAAAUAGUAAGUUCUAACAUUUUUUUUCAUAUUUUUGUAAAUAUAAUUUUUUCAUACUUAUUUUAAUAAUGAUUACUGGAAAAAAACAUUAAUAGUAAUAAUAUCUAACCUAGUUUAUUCUUUUUAUUUUAAUUUUGUUAAUAGUUGUAUACAUUUAAACUAAUUUAUUUUAUUAGAAUUCUUGUAUAAAUAUUUCAGAUGAUCUUAUCCAAGAGGAAAACAUGAUGAAACAAGUUAAUCAAGAAGGGUUUUUGUUUAAAGUUUUCAAACCUUCAUUGGAUCAAAAUGAACAGAGCCCUGUAGAUGAUAGUGAUAUUGAUGUUCCAAAAAUUCAUGAAGAAAUUGUUCAAAGUUUGGCAGUAGAAGAUUCAACAUUUUUAAUAUCUAACAGAGAAAGACUAUUGAAUGCAAGGGUACAUUUGUUUAUUUUAAUGCAAUUUAAUUUAAUUUUAUAUUUGUUUCAUUUAUUAUUUUUUAUUUCAUUUAGUAUAAAUUACUCACAAAACAAGAAAGAAUUGAUAACUGGACACAAAGUUUAUUUAAAUCAUACCAACUGUCACAAAAUAAAGAUGAAAAUUUGAUAAAUUAAUGUAUUUGGAAGUAUUUUUUGCUUUAGCUAUUCAAAUGUCUAGAAAAUGUAUUAACCAAUUAGCAUAAUAUAGUUUAUAAAUUAUUUUCAAACAUUAAUUUAACUAUACAGAUAUAAUAUUUUUUAAAGUUGUUAUUGAAAUUAUAUUUAUCUACAAUUAUAUU